UAUACUUCAGCAUAUAGACGCUACAGUUUGCUGUCUCUUAGAGGAAGGCGGAGUCGCGUUAUACCACAGGCUACUGCGCUACACCCAUUGCUCUGCGACGACAACGCUUCAUGCGUUAUAUUGUUACCGGCGUCCAGGACAAGAAGAGAAUCUGAAAUACGUUAUUAAGGAUCAACGAAGAAUAAUGUUCAAGUUCCUGAUAUUCUUUGGCUUGACCUGUAUAGCUAAUGCAGCUGCUAAGCAGGCUAUUAGCGUUACUGUGUAUUACGAGCCAUUGUGUCCGGACAGCAAAGCCUUCUUCAAGAAUCAACUGAUGCCCACGUAUCAUGAUCUCGAACAGUCGGUAGAUUUGAACCUGAAGCUGAUCCCCUUUGGAAAAGCAAAAAUCAUUAAAUAUGCUAAUGACAACAUCACGAUGGAAUGUUCACAUGGCCCUCCGGAGUGCUAUGCCGACAAGAUCCAGGCAUGUGCUUUAAAAAUUCUUGAUCCGAAAAACAACACACUGAUUACAUAUUUGGGAUGUCUGAUGGACCUCGGCAGUAAAGAAAAUGAAUAUCCUACUAAGAAGUGUGCCGAUAGCAAUAAUAUUUCUCCGGUAACACAUCGAGUGGAGGCCUGUGCAACUACGAACCAAUGGAUGGAUCUCGUGCAGCAGAACGAGAAAGAAACUAAACAAUUGUCACCACCCUUGACAUCGGUGCCCGUUAUUGUUUUUCAAAACACCUUUAAAGACGAUGACAACAUUAAGUCCCGGACGAACUUCAAGGGAGUAGUAUGCAAAUAUAUUGACAGUCCAAAGCCUAAGACGUGUGAAGGAGUCAGCAGUGCACCAGGUGACUCCUUCACGACACUUGUAGGAGGAACAAUCUUGUUCUUGAGUUUGGCACUGAAUAUGCUUCGCUAAUUUAUGGGCCAAAUUUUGCGCAGUCCAAAUAGAACUCAAACCUAUGGAUUGUCACUUAUUUUUUUUUUAUACUAAUUAUUGGGAGCUUGUGGAAUUUAUGAAUAAAUGUAAUAAGAAGCAAGAUCAA